UACUCCUCUUCCCAUAUUCUUAAUUCCUUAGAUCAUCAUCAUCAUGGGUGUUUUCAAUUACGAGGUUGAGACCACCUCCGUUAUCCCUGCGGCAAGGCUGUUCAAGUCCUAUGUCCUUGAUGGCGAUAAGCUCAUCCCAAAGGUUGCACCUCAAGCUAUUACCAGCGUUGAAAACGUUGGAGGAAAUGGAGGGCCUGGAACCAUCAAGAAUAUCACCUUUGGCGAAGGCAGCCGUUACAAGUACGUGAAGGAGAGGGUUGAUGAGGUUGACAACACAAACUUCACAUACAGCUACACCGUGAUCGAGGGUGAUGUCCUGGGUGACAAGCUGGAGAAGGUCUGCCACGAGCUGAAGAUAGUGGCAGCCCCUGGUGGAGGAUCCAUCUUGAAGAUCAGCAGCAAGUUCCACGCCAAAGGUGACCAUGAGAUUAAUGCAGAGGAGAUGAAGGGUGCCAAAGAAAUGGCCGAGAAACUUUUAAGGGCGGUUGAGACCUACCUAUUGGCACACUCUGCUGAAUACAACUAAACCUCGUCUUGUGUCUUCGCCCAAUAAUAGCUUGUACGUGGCUUUCAUGUUUUUUUUUU